CUGGGACAGUCCAUAUUUUACACCACAACUUGCCUCCUGCCGUUUCUCAGUGACGAUGUUCUCAGCACUUUGCCCUAUACAAUGAUCUCCACACUGGCCACCUUCCCCCCAUUCCUACACAAGGACGUCAUCGAGUACCUCAGCACGUCCUUCCUGCCCAUGGCCAUAUUGGGCUCCACCAGAAAAGAGGGAGGCGUCCCGGCCUACGUGAACUUGUCCGCCUCGUCCAUGCUGAUGAUAGCCAUGCAGUACACGUCAAACCCAGUGUACCACUGUCAGCUGCUGGAGUGUCUCAUGAAGCACAAACAGGAAGUGUGGAAGGACCUGCUCUACGUCAUCUCCUAUGGACCAUCCCAAGUCAAGCCCCCAGCUGUUCAAAUGCUUUUCCAUUACUGGCCCAACCUCAAGCCCCCAGGAGCCAUCAGCGAAUACAGAGGACUGCAGUACACAGCCUGGAACCCCAUCCACUGUCAGCAUAUCGAGUGCCACAAUGCCAUCAACAAGCCCGCCGUCAAGAUGUGUAUUGACCCCACCCUCUCCGUCACCCUGGGAGACAAGCCCCCCCCUCUGUACAUAUGUGAGGAGUGCAGCCAGAGGAUCGCAGGGGACCACGCGGAAUGGCUCAUCGAUGUGCUUCUGCCUCAAGCAGAGAUAUCUGCUAUUUGUCAGAAGAAGGUAAGGCCCCGGGCUGCAUGCCGGAGGGGGGGGUCGCCGUUUGCAUGCGUCAGUCCUUGCCCACCGGCCCGCCUCCAUCGUGCUGCCUCUCACAGCUCGUGACUGUGGAGCUCCAGAAUCAAUGGUGGGAGGGGGCGGCAAGUGGGAGGGGGUAGUAAGCAUUGGACACGACUUGUAUGGGCUGUCACCGUGGCAACCGUCUGAUUGACAGGCGUCCCCUGAAACAUAACUCGGUAAGUCUGAGAUUCUGCAGCCCUGCAUCCCAUCAGGAUGGCUCCUCCCAGUCAGGCCAGAGCACUGGUUUAAUCACGCGUGAGCAGUGUGAGCACCUCCUGCCCCCC